UUCAAUUGUUGUUUGAAGGGAAAAAGCGAGGCAGGGCGGCAGAGGAAAAGGUACAAGGAAAUGGCAGUGGGGCUGCUGCCGGUGCUUGUCUCGCUCGGUCUCCGCCACCACCCUCUCCUCCUCUCCUCCCCCAUUCCCAACAACACAACAAACCAUUCUCCCUCGUAUUUAAAUCCCUCCCUCCCCUUCUCUUUCUCUGGCCCAUCUCCCUUUCCCUCUAUAUAUAGCUCGCCUCAGUUCGUUAGCCUCCUCCCUUUUCGCCUCACGCGGAAAGGAAGCUUCUUGCUGCGCCAGGUCGAUUCCGGGGGCGGAGCAUCUGGCUUUGCUUCGAAAAAGUUGAGAUUUUUGACCGAAUUGAUCGACGAGUGGCUCGUGUGUUUGUUCCUUACAUUACAUGGGAAGGAGGGAGUUCGGAGCAGGAAUUCCGCGAUGGCUGUGCGGGCUGGUGGAAGAGACUUUCUUUGUGGGCUGCCCCGCUCACGAGAGCCGGAAGAAGAACGAGAAGAACACCUUUUGCCUCGGCUGCUGCACCAGCAUCUGCCUCCACUGCGCCGCCGACCACCGCUCCCACCCUCUCCUCCAGGUUCGGCGCUACAUAUACAAUGAUGUGGUUCGAUUGGAUGAGCUCGACAAGCUCAUAGAUUGCUCAUAUGUUCAGCCUUAUACCAUAAACAGUGCUAAAGUGGUCUUUUUGAAGCCAAGGCCUCGAUCAAGGCCUUCCAAAGGCUCUGCCAACAUUUGCUCGACAUGUGACAGAAUCCUCCAAGAGCCCUUCCACUUCUGCUCUCUCUCCUGCAAGGUGGAUCAUUUUCUGGUAGUAGGAGAGGACUUGUCGAGCAUACUGGUCGAGGAAUCUGAAAUCGCUUUCUCUCACUUUGAGAGCCUCAGGGUGGACAGCUCUGAUCCCUUGGAGGACUACAGCCAGAUGACAGUAGAAGAAGAGCCUAUGCACGACAGUGAUUAUGGCAGGAAGAGCUCCGGAACAAAGAAGAAGGAGAGUGGUGGUUCCUUCCCCAAUCAAGCUCUAUCUCCUAGCUUCAACAACAGUGGCAGGAGGAGGAGGAAGAGCCAAAAUCCUCAAAGAUCGUAUCUUUCAUAGCUUAUUGUUAGGUGUGAAGUUUCCAUUGCUGGUCAGGUGGAUACAGUGGACCGUGACUGAGGUCCACAGUGGCUGCCAAUUUUGCAUCGAUGCAAUGAAUGGAUCGUGCGUAGUACUUCCAUACAUCCGU